CACGCUGUCACAUAUUCAACCAUGUGUUUCCACAUCACUGCAACUUGAAGAAGGAAACUUUUUUCCUUUUUUGCAGGAAAUCACAUGGAGACGCGCUCACAUGACAGUCUGAACUAUGGAAGGGGACAUCAAUGAAGGAUCAGUCCCUGCAUACUAUCGGGAGGUCCAUCAAGCAAUCUGUAGCAGAACUGAUGAACGGGUGCAUAUCGGUGUAUUCCAGAGACUUCUCAGCAGGACAUCUCUUCCCAUCACUGUACAAAAUCAGAUCACUGAAAACAUAAGCAACGAUGAUGGCUUCCUAAACAAAGUUUCGCUGUAUAAAGGCUUGGCUUUUAUUGCCCUGGCUCAGCAAGGAAAGCCACCGAGUCCAAAACUGCUAGAGAAUUUUAUACAAGAGUUCCCAAAGCCUCAGCUGGGAGAACCAAAGGAGAUGCAGAGUCUGAAGAUGCAGUCGGCUCAGGAGAAUCCUUUAAUUUUGUCUUUGACUUUGUCGGAGCUGUUGAUGAAGGACACCAUCAGGGUUGAUCUCAUUCCUGAGAAGAAGGGAUUGUUUCUUAAACAUGUGGAAUAUCAGGUCACCAGUGAGCGUUUUAUAGCAUCAGUCUAUCGGCGAUACAGUGAUUUUGACGUCUUCCAUGAGCUCCUGCUACAGAGAUACGCUUACAGAGUCGUGCCUGCGCUGCCUCCAAAAAGGGUGUUGAAAGGAGUGCUGACCUCUAUGUCAGAACGGGAAUUCAUUGAGGGCCGAAGACGGGCAUUGAGCAGAUUCUUAAAUCUUGUUGCACGGCACCCUUUCUUCUCUGAGGAUGAGCUUUUGAAGACAUUUUUUACUUUUAGUGGCUCGGAUGUCCAAACCAAGCUUCGAGAUGCUUGCAAAAAACUGGGUGAUGAGUUUAUGACAUGCAAAUAUGCAACACAGGCCAAGGAUUUCCUACCAGCUGAUAUCCAAAGUCAAUUUUCAUCCAUUCGGGAGCUGAUCAAAAAUAUCCACUGCAGUUUUCAGAAGUUACGGGACAGGGCAGAAAAAAUGGCUGAACGCUCGAAAGAAAACGCCACGGAUCUGCAGAUGUUUGGGAAGGAACUCAGCUGUCUGGGAUCCGAUGAGACAUCUGUGCCUGCCCUGGCAUCCGGCAGAAGUCCUUGGGUCGCUGUCAAACAGUCUGUGAAAGGCCUCUCUGUCGACUUCUCACUUCUGUCUGAAAAAGCUGCGGAGCAGGGCAGAAGAGAGGAGGAUGAUGUGGUGGAAAAACUUAAUCUGUUCUUGGACCUGCUGCAGUCAUACAGGGACUUGUGUGAACGACACGAGAAGGGGGUCUUGCACGAGCACCAGCGAGCGCUUCAGAAGUACAGCGUGAUGAAGAGACAAAUGAUGAGCGCGACAGUGCAGCCCAAAGAGCAGGUUUCUGUCGAACAGCUGGAGUCUCGCAUCAUUCAGCAAGAAAACGCCAUUCAAGUCAUGGAGCUGCGCAACUACUUCUCCCUGUUCUGCCUGCACCAGGAGAGCCAGCUUAUAUUUACAUACCUGCCCAUGACGUCUAACAUCCUCGGGGCAUUUGUUGACUCGCAAGUGCGAGGACACAACGAGAUGGGAGAGGUGUGGCAAGAUCUUCAUUCCAAGCUUACAUGUCUUUUUGGGGACAGUAACGGACUUCAGACUCCACCUCUUAGCCCAAAAUAACCAGCCUUUUGUACCUUGGCAAAUUGAUGAAUAUCAAAAUGCUAUGAAAAGCAAGUGCUAAUUUCUCUUCGGGAACUAUAUUUUUUAAAGCACUACCAUGUAUUGCAAAGAAUUAUGGGAAACUGCUUCUCUGUGUGACAAAAUCUGUGACAGAGAAUCACUGACACUAAAAUAUGACUAUUGCUGCUGAGUAUAAUUUUAGGAAAUGCUUAUACUAAUAUAGAUAAGAUAGAUGAACACUGUAUUUUUGAUAAUAUUUUAUACUGUACUGUUUGUGUAUGCAGAAUUGAAAUGUAAUCUUAAAGAGAGGAAAUUUUGUUUCGUACUAAUACAAAGUAGAAUGCCAUCUUGCAUGUCUUGUAGAUUCGAUAUAAAGAAAUGUGUUAAAACUAUAAUAGUAGCCAGCUAACCAGAGGUGGGUGUGAAUGUAGAUUGUACAGCAAAUUGCAUAGCUAUGUGAAGAUUUUGUUAGUUGUAUUAUUGCAUAACUUUGACCUUGAGGCGCUUAUACCAGUCGAAGAUUGUAUGCUGUCUAUCAUUUUUGUGUUUUUGCUUAAACUAUCAGACUUGCACUCAUGUGAUUGAAGCUAUGUUUUCACAUCUGAUUUAAAUUUUAAUAUAUAAUAUAAAUACAUACAUGUUUAUUUGUGUAUGUCAGGAACUUUUUCAAAAAAGAUGCCAAUAGUUCUGCAAAACGUGAAGGUAUUAAAACUGAAGAGAUUUUUAAAAGUGUUACUUUCGGUGUAAAUUAAAUUAUGAGCAAUUAUUAAUAAUUCUUAAUAGUUGCUCUACACACCAAAAAAAAAAAAAAUCUUGUACUUGUGAUAAAACAGAAAGGCCUUACUUAGCUAGUAUAAAGGCCCUACUAAGCUCCUAUAUACAAUUUGUUUCCUGAUUUUUUUUUUACUUUUCAUAAACAGAUUUAUUGAGUUGAAAGUGUGUCAUGCAUAUUUUUGUUGUAACUGUUUGAGCAGUGCUUGUUAUUAACGGUUGCUCAUCCAGGACUAAAUGGGGCGUUUUCCUGCACAGGGCUUAUACAAGUCCCAGACUGAAAUGCGUUUAAGCUGUCUUAAAUGAAAACCCUGUACUGACAUAUCUUAACAUACUGUAUCUCAGUGAGAUUGUUUUGCCUCCUGAUGCACACCAGUAUUGUUUUUUUUUUUUUGUAAAGUUUGUUUGUAAAAAUGUCCUGAUAUACUAAGGCCUAGUCCUGGAUUAAUAUAAACUCUGUCCGAGAAAGCGCCCCAUAAUUGACUUUUCUUAGUAAAACAAUAAAGAUGGAUGAAUAAGCUGCAUUUUCCAGUAAGGUAUGUAAGUAAUGUUUGAUGAUU